GCCGGAAAAUUAAGUACGGUGAAUAUAAAACACAGCAUCAACGAUUCUGCCAGUAUUGGGCAAUCCUUGAAAAGAGUCGAGCAACAGUAGCCAAAAUAACUUCCUUCAAAGUCGACAUGACUCGUACCACGCUUGCAACGAUGGCGCUGCUCGUGCUCAUAGCGAUGACGCGGUCAAUUCCUUAUCAAAAAAUAUUUUACUAUCCUUCAACCUGGCCGUCGUGGGACCCAUGGGUGAGCUGGUAUCGUUGUCGAGUGGGUGAAAUCUUCAGGGAGUGCGAGAGCAGCAAUUGCGGCGAGCUGAAGUGCUGGCAGCUAGAAGGCUGGGAGGAGUACACCGAGCAUCCGUGUGAUCUUGACUGCGUGUCCAAGUGCUUCUGCCGUCCUGGCUUGUACAGAAAUCGCAAAGGGCGGUGCGUGAAGCCAUGGCGUUGCCCGCAGUACAAAUACCGCGCAGUGUUCAACUGGACAAACUUUCUCUGAAGAAAUGUGGGGAAGAUGUUUUGCUUUUUCAAUAAAGUAGUUGCAACAAGUGG